UCUUCCUUGGUGGAGGGGAGGGAUGCUUGUCACCUACUCCUUUUAAGUUCCCCACUCCCUCCUCUCACACUUCUUCUACCUCUUUUCCAUAGAAUUGUUUAUCCUUGAAACCGAAAGCCAGCACAGAGCAAGCAAAGGGAGAAAGCAAGGGAGGGUGAGAGCGAAAAGAAGCAAGCAGCUGCUCACUCCUUCAGCAUUGCAGCGUUUGCUCUGUGUUGCCCUUGCUCAGCUGUCUUUGUGCAGGAAUUCUUGCUUGCUUAGUGAUGGAGAAGCACACCUGCAAGCUCUGCUUCAGGCGGUUCCACAAUGGCCGCGCGCUGGGCGGUCACAUGCGCUCCCAUGCCAUGGCCGCGGCGGCGGCGUACUCGCCGGCGUCGCCACCGCUCUCCCUGGCAUCUACCUCGUCGACCGAGAUGGGUGACGAGCCGACGCAGCGGAAGCCACUGGCGUCGUGCGUUUUGCGAGAGAGCCCCAAGAAAAGCCGCAAGGUCGGCACCCCUGAAUUCUCCGGCGGUGGGGUGGCCCGCGGCGAGUCGAUGGUCGUGCAGGACGGCGAGAGCGAUACGGAGUCGUCCCGGCGCGGCGGCGCUCGGUUCGCCGUCAGCCGCCGCCGAUCGAAGCGGGCGCGUCGGCGCGCGCCACCACCGACGGCCCUGGAUCCCGAGCAGCCGGCGAGCAGCGUCUCCGACGCGACGCCGGAGGAGGACGUGGCCAUGUCGCUCGUGAUGCUAUCUCGGGAUUCGUGGACGCGGUCCAGAUCCGGGCCCCAGCCACACUGGGCCCCGGCGAGCUCGGAAGCCGAGCAGAACAACGACGACAAAGUCAGCUUCUUCGACGACGCGGACGAGCACGCGGCCGCGCGCCCACGCAGCAGGCACCAGUGCGGCGUGUGCAAGAAGGUGUUCCGGUCGUACCAGGCGCUCGGCGGCCACCGCGCCAGCAUCAAGAAAGGCAGGGGAGGCUGCGUGCCACCGCCGGUGCCUCCCGCAGCACCGUCCAAGGCUCACCGCGGCGGCGCCCCGGUCAUCCACGAGUGCCCGUUCUGCUUCCGCGUGUUCGACUCCGGCCAGGCCCUGAGCGGCCACAAGCUCGCGCACAUGCCGUCCACCGGCGCGCUGGCCCCGUCUCCAUCGACGCCAGCGAAAUGUGUUGACAACUCGGGGUCCAUCGAUCUCAACGUGCCGGCCGCGAUGGACGACGACUUCGAGCUCUCCGCCGUGUACGACGCAGAGUUCGGCAGCACCGGACAGUAAGAUCACCUGCUGAUCUGAUACCUACCACCGAUGCCAUCUUCAGAUCAGCAGACGUACUUACACAAGCGCAAGAAACGCAGCACGACUGCUGCAUGCAAGAACGAAUUGGAUCCUUGGAGGUAAGGCUUGCGAUCCAUGCAAGGACCAGAUGAAAAACAACAGUUCAACAUUUUCUGUUCUUUUUUUUACUGUUACUCCUAUUGCAAUUGUUAGUACUAGUAGUUUUUUUAGAGCAGUACUAGUAGUUCUGAAUUACUUG